GCCCGGCCCGAGCUAAGGAGCCAGAGGCGGCUGGCCCAGCCACCCCGCGACGGACUGACGGAGUUGACGCGCCGGGCGGCGGCCAUCAGGUUUGGUACUGAGCCAUUUGGAAUCAUGGGGUCCGAGAAUCCAAGUCCACAAAACCCUAGCUGUAAGAUCAUGACAUUCCGCCCUACUAUUGAGGAGUUUCAGGACUUUGGGAAAUAUGUGGCCUACAUUGAAUCUCAAGGAGCUCACAGAGCAGGACUUGCUAAGGUGAUCCCACCAAAGGAGUGGAAACCUCGGAAAACUUAUGAUGACAUUGAUGACAUGGUGAUUCCGGCUCCCAUUCAGCAGGUGGUGACAGGACAGUCUGGUUUAUUUACCCAGUAUAACAUACAGAAGAAACCCAUGACAGUGGGAGAUUAUCGACGCUUGGCCAACAGUGAAAAGUAUUGUACUCCUCGACACCAAGAUUUUGAAGAUCUGGAGCGUAAAUACUGGAAGAACCUGACUUUUGUAUCACCGAUUUAUGGAGCUGAUAUCAGUGGUUCUUUAUAUGAUGCAGAUGUAGAGGAGUGGAAUAUUGGAAAUUUGAACACCCUUUUGGACAUGGUGGAACAUGAAUGUGGGAUUAUCAUAGAAGGCGUCAACACUCCCUACCUGUACUUUGGGAUGUGGAAAACUACCUUUGCUUGGCACACAGAAGACAUGGAUCUCUACAGUAUCAAUUACCUGCACUUUGGGGAGCCCAAAUCUUGGUAUGCCAUACCUCCAGAACAUGGCAAACGUCUAGAACGUCUGGCAAAAGGGUUUUUCCCUGGCAGUUCUCAGGGAUGUGAUGCCUUUCUCCGUCACAAGAUGACUCUCAUCUCUCCCUCCAUUUUGAAGAAAUACAGCAUCCCAUUUGAUCGGAUCACUCAGGAGGCUGGCGAAUUUAUGAUUACUUUUCCCUAUGGAUACCAUGCAGGAUUCAAUCAUGGCUUCAACUGUGCUGAGUCAACCAAUUUUGCCACACUGCGGUGGAUUGAUUAUGGCAAGAUGGCUACUCAGUGCACCUGCCGAAAGGACAUGGUGAAAAUUUCAAUGGAUGUUUUUGUGAGAGUGCUACAGCCAGAGCGCUAUGAACUGUGGAAACAAGGAAAAGAUAUUACUGCUUUGGACCACAUGAAACCCACUGCACUAACUAGUCCUGAACUGAUGGCUUGGAAUGAGACCAAGGCUGUGCUGAAAGCUAAGCUCCUUCGGAGACAAAUUAGUCUGAAGGAAAACAGACACUGGAAAAAGACUGAGGAGGAGAGAAAACCAAAUAUAGAAAGGAAGAGAGAGCAGAACAGAAAGCCUGGCCUAUCGUCCCACAGAAAAAGAAGCCAGCCUAGGCGGCAUAAGACAGAGGACCAGAAGUCUUUGGGAGAAGUUAUGGCUGCAGAAACCCUUUUGGAGGAGGGCAAAGUGAAGGAAGAGCCCAAACAUGGGCCUGACCUAGAGGAAGAAGGGCAGCACAAAGCCCCCGAAGGUGCCGAAGGGGAUGGUAAGACCAAGAUCCGUGCCUCCAAGGCCAAAAGUGAUAAGAAGAAGAAGCACCACCACCACCACCACCAUCACCACCAUCACCACCCACCUCAGCCACCUCAGUUGUUGUCACCUCCACCCCAGCUCUGUACAGAAGAGGUCCCCCCACCACCGCCUCCCGUGUUAGAGCCCCCCAUAUUAGCACCAGUAUCUACUGCCACAGAAGAAAGUUUUCCCUUAGCCGCCCCCCUCAACAUUGUCCACCCUUCUGAGGUGCCCAGCGAAGAGGAUGACUUUAAGCCUCGACCUAUCAUUCCCAUGCUUUAUGUGGUUCCACGGACCAAUAAGGUGGUAUUUGACAAAGAGCGUGUAUCUGGCCAGCAGACACUCGAGCACUUUGCUCAGAAGGGUCAGAUUUGGAGGGAGCAGACUGUCCCCAUGGAGCUAACAGUGAAGGAAGAAGAAAGGGGAGAAACUGAGCAGGUGGAGAUCAGUCCCAAAGCCAGCGAGGUUCAGGCCCCAUCCACCUUUUCCAAAUUGAAAAUGGAGAUCAAGAAGAGCCGGCGUCAUCCCCUGGGUAAACCGCCAACUCGAUCCCCGUUGUCCGUUGUCAAACAAGAGGGCUCAAGCGAUGAGGAAGCGUUUCCUUUCUCUGGAGAAGAGGAUGUAAGUGACCCUGAGGCCUUGAAGUCUUUACUUUCCCUCCAGUGGAAGAAUAAAAUGCAUAACUUCCAGGCAGAGAAGAAGUUCAAUGCGGCUGCAGCCCUGGUAGAGCCGUAUUGUGCUGUCUGUACUCUCUUCUACCCAUAUAACCAGUCCUUACAGACAGAUAAAGAGACUUCCCAGGCGUCUCUGGGAGAGACCUCCUCACUACUUCAGCUUUCUAAGUGUGGACAGAAGACCAAGCCCUUGAUCCCGGAAAUGUGUUUUACUUCAAGCGGUGAAAAUACUGAGCCUCUCCCUGCAAAUUCUUAUAUUGGUGACGAUGGAACCAGCCUCCUCAUUGCCUGCGCCAAAUGCUACUUGCAAGUUCAUGCCAGUUGCUACGGAAUCCGUCCUGAUCUGGUAAAUGAAGGUUGGACCUGUUCCCGGUGCACAGCCAAUGCCUGGACAGCGGAAUGCUGUUUAUGCAACCUCAGGGGAGGAGCUCUUCAGAUGACAAUUGAUAAGAGGUGGAUCCAUGUGAUCUGCGCUAUUGCUGUCCCAGAAGUACGAUUUCUUAACGUAAUAGAGCGUCACCCUGUGGAUAUCAGUGCAAUCCCAGAGCAGCGAUGGAAAUUGAAAUGUGUUUACUGUCGAAAGCGGAUGAAGAAGAUAUCUGGAGCUUGUAUCCAAUGUUCCUAUGAACAUUGCUCUACUUCUUUUCAUGUAACCUGUGCCCACGCAGCUGGGGUCCUAAUGGAACCUGAUGAUUGGCCCUACGUUGUGUCUAUCACUUGCUUUAAGCAUAAAACAGGCAGCCAAGGUGUCCAGUUUCUAAGGGAAGUAUCACUGGGCCAGACGGUCAUCACAAAGAACCGCAAUGGCCUCUAUUAUCGGUGCAAAGUAAUUGGCACAACUACACAGACAUUCUAUGAAGUGAACUUUGAUGAUGGUUCCUACAGUGACAACUUGUACCCAGAGAGCAUUAUUAGCAGAGAUUGUAUCCAACUGGGACCCCCUCCUGAAGGGGAGUUUGUUCAGCUCCGGUGGACUGAUGGAAAUAUCUAUAAAGCCAAGUUCAUUUCAGCUGUGAUCAGUCACAUUUAUCAGGUGGAGUUUGAAGAUGGUUCCCAGCUGAUGGUGAAGCGGGGUGAUAUUUACACCCUGGAGGAGGAACUGCCCAAGAGAGUCAAAUCUAGACUGUCUGUCAGCACGGGUGCUCCACAGGAGAAGGUAUCCUCAGGAGAGGAGGCGAAGGCAGCAAAGCGCCCGAGGGUGGGCAAUGCCCGAAAUUCUGAGGACUGUGGACAGAAUCCUGAUUACCUGGCCUUCAUGGAGAGCCUCCUGCAGUCACAAUACCAGCCUGGAGCCCAGAGCCACAUGUUUUAGUACAAACCCAAUUUUAGAACCAACAUCUCGUGACCUUCCCCACCCCCCAACCCCACCCUAACCCCUUUAUCCCAGCAGAGCACCCAGGCAACUGUGGAACAAGUGGACGACCCCCUUCCCCCCCUCCCCCCCCCCCCUCCCCCUGCAAUAACUUGCUGUGAAUUCCUUUCAUCUACAUUUAAUUUUGACCAUCUGAGAGACUUGUCUGGCCACAGGCUACCUCGACUCUGCUGAACACACUGCUGAUGGUAAUAGGAAAAGGCAGCGAUGGUAACUCUCAGAUUGCAUGUCACCUGGAUGCUUUAGAAGAGCUUGUAUUCCCGGAGCACAUGGAUGCCUGGCUCUUGUCUUAGGCUAGGAAGGGUUAAACGUUACGUUACAAAAGCAAAAACUACUCAGAUUUUUAAACCAUGUAAAAGCUCUCAUCUUGAAAAGGUGCUAUUUCACUGACUACUGAAGCAGCCUUUGGAAUUGUGAUUUCUGUAUAUAAAUCACCUUUGUGAAGUUCUUUCUAUAAAUACUUAUUGUUUAAAAAAAAAUAUAAGAAAAAAAGGAAAAAGAAGGAAAGAAAAAAAAAAUCCCCAAACUGGUUUUCUAGAUUUGUGGCUUUAAAAAAAAAAAAUGUUCUUUUCCCCACAAACUGAAAUGGGAUUUGAGUAACACUGAAUACGAGGGAGAGAAAAACAUCUCAUUCAAUUUCUUUUGUUGUUGUUUUUAAAUAUUAUUUGUAUAUUGAGUGGGCAGGGAGAGUGUUUUAGCUGGAGUGUCUUGGAAGUUGAGGGUGUUUAUGUUAUGAGCAGCCCAUUUGCGUGUUUCUGCUCCCUCUCCCAGUGGCCAUGCUGAGGCUUGUCAGUCAUUCAGGUGGGGCCACAGGCAGGGUCUGGGCGUGUACUGGGGGGUGGAGGGGCACCAAGGUCGAGAAGGGGAGGCCCUGCUACCUUUGCCCUGCUCUUCUCUGUAGUCCCCUGGAGAGGUCACGCAGCUUCCUCCCCAUGGCUCCAGGCCCCGCAAAGGCUUCUGUUCUUUGUGCUCUUAGAAGAGGAAGGUUGAGGGUUCUGCUCAGUCACAGACCCUGGGUGCAUUUGGAUCCUGGGUGCAUUUGCUGCUCCACACCCCUGGCAGAUGGGAUGCGUGGCCAGCACCUCUGUGCAUGCCUGGCAAAAUAAAUACUUUCUCUUCUGGUUUGCUUGAUCUUUUGCUUCUUACUAUUGUGAGAAUCAUUCCAUAACUGAAGUCUCAGAGAUAUAUAUGUGUGUUUGAUUAAAGAAGAAAUUCCCCCA